AUAGUUCCCAGGCUUUUCCUUGCAGCCUUCCUAAAUAGAGGCACAUCAUUAACCACCCUCCAGUCUUCUGGCACCUCACCCAUGUCUAAUGAUAAUUUAUUGAAAUAUUUUUCUCUCUCAACCUUUCGCCAGGCAAUGAAUUAAACUGACAUCUCGGGAGACAAGGAAACACUACUAGUAUAUAAAGCAGCAGCAGCAGCAAGCUGAAUGUGAGGUCUUUGUUCAAAUUACCUGCAGUUCUGUGUCUGUUCACAUCGCUCGCUGCUCAUUUGCUCUCCGUGAAAUAACUUUGGCAACCGACCAAGAAUUGUGUUAGCUGAGCAAGGUUACCAUCCAAACCAGCUCCGACAGACAGCGUGUGUGACACAUGAGAAACCAGAGCUGCCUUUGUUAUUUUCCUUGCUGCCUGCGAAGAUUACCUACAAAUUAUGGCGGCAAACCAUUAAAGGCACCUCUGAAGACUCGUGGAUAUUAAUACAUAGAUAUAAUGUCUAUUUCUACAGUGGCGUUCACAGCCAGGGCAAGGGCAUCUGGCUGCAGUGAGUGACAGGUGGUUCUCCGAACACCUCUGACAGAUGUAACCUCGGCAGAACAUUGAAGUUUUGGCUGGAAGCAGAUCGGAAGAAGUGAAGGUUGAUUCUGGGACAUCAGCUCUUCCCCGAGAUGUCCCCAAAGGGUAGAGGAAUGAGCAAAACAUAUCUGCAUUCCUAAAAUAGCACCAGGCAGUGUGGGCUGGCUGGACAGCAGGAGGAAAAAAAAAACAUGAAAAGUACCUUCCAGUCAUUCCAUUCAGAUUUUAUUUUGUUCAGUGUUUCACUGCAAGUCGCUCACAGUCCGCUUAUGGUCAGCAGCUUAGACGAAAGCUGCAGCUGCUACUAAUGCUACCCACGAUUAUGGCAUGGACUGCAGGGAUGAACACAAACCUCGGUGCACGGGGGAAUGACAGACUGUGUCAGUAAGAUCAUGUUUCACACCAUGUCAAUGUGUUGGCAGCAGGUCCUGGGUCUCACCCUGAUGGCUCUGAUAACUCGCUGCACAGUCAGCUGCCCGCCUCGCUGCGACUGCGCUCCCCACAUCAGGUCCGUGCUCUGCCACAGGAAGCGUCUGACUGCCAUUCCCGAAGGCAUCCCCAUCGAGACCAAAGUCCUGGACCUCAGCAAAAACCGCCUGCGCUGCAUUGGUCCCGGAGAUCUGGCCACCUUCCCUCUGUUGGAGGAAGUCGACCUCAGCGAGAACAUCAUCACCAACCUCGAACCCGGGGCUUUCAGCAACUUGUUGAACUUGCGCUCCCUGCUGCUGAGGGGAAACCAACUGAAGCUGAUCCCCGCUGGCGUGUUCUCCAGGCUUGCCAACCUGACACGCCUGGACCUCAGCGAGAACAAGAUUGUUAUCCUGCUGGACCUCAUGUUCCAGGAUCUGAGGAAUCUGAAGCAGCUGGAAGUUGGUGACAACGACCUGGUCUACAUCUCCCAGCGGGCAUUCAGUGGACUACUUGGGUUGGAUCAGCUCACCAUUGAAAAAUGCAACCUGACCUCCAUUUCGGGUGAAUCUCUGUCCUACCUUCAAAACCUGGCCACUCUCCGUCUGCGGCACCUUGCCAUCAGCUUCCUGGAGGAGCAGAACUUUCGGAAGCUCUAUAACCUGAAGGAACUGGAGAUCGACUCUUGGCCACUUCUGGAGACCAUCACUCCCACCACGCUCUAUGGUCUGAACCUCACUUACCUGUCCAUAACCAGCACUAACCUCUCCUCCGUGCCGUCCGGAGCCUUUAGAAACCUAGUCUAUCUCCAGAUGUUGAACCUGUCCUACAACCCCAUCACCACCAUCGAAUCUGGCUCGUUCCGUGACUUGAUCCGUCUGCAGCACCUGUACAUGGUCAACACCUUGCUCAGCACCAUCCAGCCGCACGCAUUCCUGGGGCUGAGGCAGCUCAGGGUGCUCAACAUUUCCAACAACCUCUUGGUGACCCUGGAGGAGAGCGCCCUGCAAACGGUGGGGAACCUGGUGGUUCUCCGCUUGGACAACAACCCCCUGUCCUGCGACUGCCGCCUCCUGUGGCUGGUCCAGAAGAAGAUAGCCUUGAGCUUCGACGACAACCAGCCAGUGUGCGCCUCCCCGGCGGACAUUCAGGGAAGCCGGCUGCAAGACUUCGAGGACACCGCCCUUCAGGACUACUUCACCUGUCAGAAGCCCAAGAUACGGGACAGGAAACCUCAACGGGUGACGGCGGGGGAAGGACAAACCGUCUACUUCACUUGCCGGGCGGACGGAGAGCCGGCCCCGGUGAUAAUGUGGGUGUCACCGCAGCGCAGGAUGAUCACCAGCAGAAGCAGCGGCAGAGCCACCAUCCUGCCGGGUGGCACCUUGGAGAUCCGCUUUGUCCAGGUCCACGACAGUGGCACCCACAUCUGCAUCGCCAGCAACGCCGGGGGCAACGACACCUCCUUCGCCGUGUUGACCGUGAAGGUGCAGAGAUCAGAAGGCGCCCUGUUUGCCAACAUGACCGGCGCUCUCUUGGAGUUCAACGAGACUGCCUUCAACGACACCCAGGUCUUCCUGAAGUUCACUCUGGACCUCAAAACCAUCCUGGUGUCCACUGCGAUGGGCUGCAUCACCUUCAUGGGGGUGGUACUCUUCUGCUUUCUGAUUCUGUUCGUGUGGAGCAGGGGGAGAGGACACCACAAGAACAACUUCUCGGUGGAAUAUUCCUUUCGGAAGGUUGACGGGCCCACAAUGAGCAGCGGGCAAGGAGGGGCCAGGAAGUUCAACAUGAAGAUGAUCUGACCCGGUGGGUCAGUCGUUGGUUGUUUGGUUGGUUGGUUGCAAGUACUUACUGUAGUCAACAUGUUGAACCAUAAUAGACGUCUGCCUAUGAUGUUCUAAUGAUAAGCAUCAUCAAUAAUAUUUGUAUGAGUUACCCUGGUUCGGCUAGGGCAAGAUCAGUAUUGCAUGCUGUAUAUAGUCACUCAGUCCUAAGACAAAUGUUGUCACCCGCCCGGUUUGCAAAAAUACCUGUUUUUGACACAUCGGGGUAGAAAUCAAUUUGUGAUCCAGUUUGAAUGUGUGUCCUGUGGUAGCAAGGGUGAAAUGGGAUGGUAGGAAUCUCAUGCGGGUACGUCGUCAGUGAGCAGUUGCUUUGAGGUGCAAGGAGACUCUUCCAGCUCGGCCUGACACAGUCAAACAUGGCCCAGAGGUUGGAAGUAAGGUGGAGCCCUUGAUUUGCACAGAUGCAGAGCCAAGCUGCUCAUUUCGGGCAGAUGCCAAGAACAGCUGGAUGCUCCCAUCCAGAUGUUUGGCCUUUGGCCAAGGGAAGUUGUCAGCCUGGGAACCCGGUUCAAGGCCAGAACACAAAGCAAGGGCCAGUUUCGCUCGCAUUCAUUCUCUAUGCAUUCCACUCAGGUAAUCUACCUUUUGAAUUUUUCUUAAAUGCCACAUAUUCAGGAAAGCGUAAAAGCCCAGGUGGAAAAUGUUGGCUUAGCUUCCCAUGACACUUACUGAAGAAGGGUCAUGACCAAAAACACCCCCUAUCCAUGUCCUGCAGAGAGGCGGCCUGACGUGCUGAGUUACUCUAGCACUUUGUGUUUUACUCUGUCCUAACUGAUAGAAUCUUGGGCUACAGUGAUUGUUAAGUCAAAUAGUCGACUUGUAACCUGAAUAUUUCCAGCCAUUCUGUAUUAUACGACCUUGAGAAACCAUGGUCACCCCCUCUGGGAGGUGGAAGGUUGAAAUCAUUCCUUAAUGUUGGAAGCAUUGGUUGGAGGUAUAACCUAGAUUAUUUUGGCCAAUCUUUUCACCUCUAUUGCUUCAAUAAUCAUCUCCAUUUGGAGUCCUUGCAAUAGGCAAUAAAAUGGAUAACUAUUCAGAUUGUACACAUUGUGAGAAAGUAAUGGAACUGAUUAAUUAUGACGAUGCAAUUUUCUUGAAUAUGACUACGUAAAUGUAUUAUGACCUUUUUGUAUGCAGAAACUUGUUUUAACUUUCGGAAUAGUAUCGCUGUUUUGGCUUACAAUGUCAAGAACACCAUAACAACUUGUGUAAUAUUGUUUAAUUGAGUGUAUUUAUUGUAUUGUAAAAAAUAUCCUAGCAAAGAUAGUGCAUCUUUACUGAUGAUCUGCAAAAUACUUCUGCAGCUUUCCACAUCAUUUUAUCCAGGCAACAAAUGUUUCUCGAUCCCACUUGAUCAAAAACGCUUAGAGCAAUGAUGUAUUUUCCAUCCACAUCGUUUCACUGACACCAUAAAUAAUGCUCAAAUUGUGUGAUACUUUAAUAAGCAGAUAAUAUAUAUUUUUUAAGAGGCUGCCUUGGCAUGUGGGACACGAUUGACUCCAGGAAAUAAAUCUCAAGCAAAUACAAAUAUUUGUGCAAAGUAAAUGUUCAUCUUUCAUUUUGAUGAUGCUGUCAUUUUGGAACAGACACAAGGCUAGGAAUACUCUCUUACUGAUGGAUAAUCAUACUUACUUUAUUAGCCAAGUAUGUAUACAAUUUGAUUUGCCAUACAGUCAUAUUAAUAAAAAGCAACAGGACACACGAAAUACAUUUUAAUAUAAACAUCCACCACAGUGACUCCUCUGCAUUCCUCACGGUGAUGGAAGGCGAAAAAAAGUUCAAUCAUUUCCCUUCUUUGUACUCCAGCAGUCGGGGGCCUCUGACCUUGACGGGACGAUCUUAGUCCCGUAGCCGGCGGCUGGCCUCCUUGUCAGGACGAUCAAGCUCCUGCAUCGGGGGGGAAUCUCAGCUCCCCCACGCCGGGCGAUCUACCCCGAGUCAGGGCUAAUCGAACCUUCUGCAUCGUUGGAGCCUCCCAACUCAGUCUCAACCCGAGACUGCGAGCUCCUUCAUGUUAAAGUCCGCAGGCCGCAGUUGGAGCGUCAAGCCCAGGCAAGGAAUCGGCUCCGAUGGUAAGUCCACGCCCCACGGUGGGGCUCAAAGUCAGUCUUGAGCAAGGUCUCCAGCUCCAUGAUGUUAGGUCGUAGAGCGACCAGGAUACGAUCCAGUAAACAAACGCAUCUCCGGCAAGGUAAGCGAUUGAAAAUAAGUUUCCCCAACGCCCUCCUCCACCCCCCACAUAAAAUAAACCAGAGAACAUUAACUCACACUUUUUUAACACACUAAAAAAAACAAAGAAAAUUGAAAAGGACAGACAGACUGUAGGCGAGGGUGCCAUCGAAGCGGAUAGGAUUGGGAGAUGUUUUGGGAUGUCCCGGAGGAGAAACUGGGGUUUGACUUUAAGGGUCAGGCUGAGAUGUAGAAUGUAGAACAGUACAGGAACAGGUCCUUCAGCCCACAAUAUCCGUGCUGAACAUGAUGCCAAGAUAAACUAAUCUCCCCUGCCUGCACGUGAUCCAUCGAUCCAAGUAAGCACUCCUUUAAUCUAAAAUUAUGAGAGGGUUUCCUCUGGGUGCUCUGGUUUCCACCCACAUCCCAAUGGCGUGUGGGUUUGCGGGUUAAUUGGCUUCGGUAAAUUGUCCCUAGUGUGUGGGAUAGAACUAGUGGACGUGGUGAUUGUUGGUCAGCAUGGACGCGGUGGGCCGAUGCGCCUGUUUUUAUGCUGUAUCCCUGAAUUAAACCAGAAAUGGGCCCUUUCAACGUCUUUGUCCAUCUACACCUGCCUGCUUUAGGUCCGUCUCCAUCCAUGCCUUUACUGGUUCUCCGAUUGCCUACGUGAUCCCAACCACCAGGCCAGAGUCGCAAAUCAACAUCGAAGGCAAGAAACAAUGAAAUCUGAAAUUGAAGAAUCAUUGCGGAUUUACUUUUCCUUUGAUACAAAGUGCAAAAUAUCAAGAAGGGCAGACCCAUUUAUGAAUCAAAUUUGCACAUCAAAACUAUAUUAAUUCCAGUGGUUUUUUCAGACAGUGCUGAAAUAAAUCAACACUGGACUUCAUUAAAUCAUUUAUCCACAUCUCUGCUGUUCAGUAUAUAUAUUGAAUGACAAUUUUAAAGUGUUGUGAUGGAGUUAAUCACUUUUAUACCAUGUGUAGAUCUGCCAAAUGGGUGCAGUAAUGAACAUGUUGUACAAAGAGAUCUUCACAUCGUUGAUAACAAGCACUGCUGAUAUAUCACCUGUGCUUCCAAAUCGAAUGGCAAUAAUCUGUUGUGUUUUCAAACUUGUUCAAAGUAUAUAAAUAUGUAAAAACUGUAACGGGAGAGCAAUUUUUUUGAGGAAAAAAAUUACCUGUCGCAUAAAUUUAUUUUUUUCCUGAACCAUGGGUUUCCAUUGGACUGUACUUCUCUGUGUAAACUGCAGAAGAGUUAAUAUAAUAAAUCUGGAAAUGUCUAGGGGUAAUCAUGAUUAAUUGUACAACAAAAAAUAAUUGUGAGUUUAUCAUGGUUUUAAUUGCACUGUUAUAAAUAAAAUACCCGUGUUUUUCCAAA